AACCCCUCAUCACUUUCUUAAGAUUUUCACACACUGAAACACACAAUCAAAACACGCACAAAAAAUGCACGCAAAGACGGACUCCGAUUUGACAAGCUUCUCGCCGCCGUCGCCGGACCACAGCCGGCGGCCCGUUUACUACGUCCAGAGCCCGUCACGCGAUUCGCACGACGGCGAGAAGUCGACGCCGGUGCUGGGCAGUCCGAUGGGAUCGCCGCCGCACUCCCAAUCGUCCGUCGGCCGCCACUCCAGGGAGUCCUCCACCAGCCGCUUCUCCGGCUCUCUCAAGCCCGGAUCGAGGAAGAUUUCGCCUAACGACCUCGGAUCGGGCGGCGGAAGGGGUCACCGGAAAGGCGGAGGACAGAAGAAUUGGAAUGAGUUCGAUGUGAUUGAAGAGGAACGUCUUCUCGGAGACGACGAGUCGAGGAAACGGCUGCCCCGCCGGUGCUAUUUUCUGAUCUUCGUCGGCGGUUUCUUCGUGCUCUUCUCGUUGUUCGCUUUGAUUUUGUUGGCCGCCAGUAAACCUCAGAAACCCGCAAUUUUGAUGAGGUCGAUUAAAUUCGAGAGAUUUGCGAUUCAAGCUGGUUCAGAUCACACCGGAGUUUCGACCGAUAUGUUGUCGACAAACGCCACAGUCAACUUCACUUUCACAAAUACUGCUACUUUUUUCGGUCUUCACGUUUCAUCUACCCCUUUAGCUCUCUUCUACUCGCAACUCACCAUUGCCUCUGGCGACGUGAAAAAUUUUUACGAAUCAAGAAAACACUCGACGAACGUAAGUGUAGUAGUGGUUGGUGAUAAGAUUCCGAUGUACGGAAGCGGAGCUACUUUAAGCACUCAUUUGGGGCUGACAACUUUGCCGGUGCCGUUGAAGUUGGAAUUUACGGUUCGAUCGAGAGCUUACGUUUUGGGGAAAUUGGUGAAGCCUAAAUUCUACAAGAAGGUUAACUGCUCAAUUGUUUUUGAGUCCAAGAAAUUGAAUAUUCCAAUAUCCCUCAAGAAAUCAUGCACAUAUGACACAUGAGAGAGCACUGCUUGUAUAAAAAAUUGUGUCUUUAUUUUAUAUAUUUGUAUUUAAGAAAGAUGGCGAUGAUAGAUAUAUAUAGUUAUGGACAUAUUUUGAUGGAGAGAGAAAAAUACAGGGUGGGAUUUGAUGAACUUUGAACAAUUAAUUUUGAUAUAUUUAAUAAUACACACUAUUUUUUAGA